AUGGGAUUGAAAGCAGCUAUCAGAGAUCAGGUAAUGGGAUUGAAAGCAGCUGCCAGAGAUCAGGUAAUGGGAUUGAUAGAAGCUACCAGAGAUCAGGUAAUGGGCUUGAAAGCAGCUUCCAGAGAUCAGGUAAUGGGAUUGAUAGCAGCAACCAGAGACCAGGUAAUGGGACUAAAAGCAACAACCAGCAAUCAGGUAUUGGGAUUGAUAGCAGCUAUCAGAGAUCAGGUAAAGGGAUUUAAAGCAGCAACCAGAGAUCAGGUAUUGGGAUUGAUAGUAGCUAUCAGAGAUCAGGUAAAGGGAUUUAAAGCAGCAACCAGAGAUCAGGUAUUGGGAUUGAUAGUAGCUAUCAGAGAUCAGGUAAAGGUAUUGAAAGCAGCUACCAGAGAUCAGGUAAUGGGAUUGAAAGUGGCUACUAGAGAUCAG